CAGGCUGUAUGCAGCGUUUGCCGCUCAGGUACUGGAGCCCUGUACCUUCUGUGUGAGUGAACACCUUGAAGAGAAUUAUGGGUGGAAAUUCAGACCCUGCAAACCUGUAAGAAGAAAGUUAAGAAUACAAAAACGGUCUUUUGCACAUGCGCAAAUUGAAAAUUCCUUCUGCGAAAUCUAAAAUGGAGGCAGACGAAAGCAGAGCUUAAUGCGGAGAUCAACAUUCUGAAGAUUCGGUGUUCAUCAUCAACAUUUUGAAUUUACACCAUAGUGAUUUGUCGUCAUAGUGCACCUGUGAGGAUCAGCAUUCACCGCUUCACAAUGCGCUUCAAGACGUCACUUGCUAAAGAUGCCAAACAUUCAGAGCUUGUGAGCUGUGUCGCCUGGACCACAUCCGAAGAGCUCUACUCCUGCAGUGACGACCACACAAUCCUGCGAUGGAAACUGCUCUCUGACGAAACCACAACCCUUGCCAAACUACCCAGUGAUGUCUAUGCUACAGACAUCCACUUCUUCCCCAAGGGGUUGGGAGGAAAAACCAAACAGCCUCAGGCUGAUGUGUUUGUACUGACCUCCACGGAUGGAAAAUUCCUCUUGAUCUCCAAGUCUGGGCGUGUGGAGAAGUCGGUGGAUGCACACCGGGGCGCAGUCCUGUCCGGCCGUUGGAGUUAUGAUGGGACCGCUAUGGCCACCGCUGGGGAGGAUGGACAGGUCAAGAUAUGGUCUCGCAGUGGAAUGCUGCGCUCAACGUUAGCACAAACAGGUUCUCCAGUGUAUUCGAUAGGAUGGUCACCAGACUCUGACCAAGUGUUGUUCACAAACGGCAAGCAGCUCAUCAUAAAGUCAAUGCAGGCAAACGCCAAGCCUAUACAGUGGAAGGCACACGAGGGGGUGAUCCUGAAGGUGGACUGGAAUCCCGUCAACAACCUGAUCCUAUCUGGAGCAGAGGACUGCCGGUACAAGGUCUGGGAUUCCUAUGGUAGGCAGAUGUAUAGCAGUCAUCCGCAUGAGUAUCCUAUAGUCUCCGUGUCAUGGGCCCCAGACGGCCAGCUGUUUGCCAUUGGCUCGUUCAACACGUUACGACUGUGCGACAAGAGUGGGUGGUCAUAUGCUUUGGAGAAGCCCAACACAGGCAGCCUGUUCUGCAUAGCGUGGAGUGGGGACGGCACCCAAGUAGCUGGGGCCUGUGGCAAUGGACACGUCAUCUUUGCUCAAGUUAUCGAAAGACGUCUGGAAUGGAAGAACUUUGAGGUGGUAGUCAUCUCCAGGAAGACGAUCCACGUCAGGAACGUGACCAACGAUGCCAAGGAGAAGCUGGAGUUCAGAGAUCGCAUCAUCAAGACCUCCAUCGGCUUUGACCAUCUGGUAGUGGCCACAUCCUCACAGUGCUAUGUCUACAGUACCAAGAAUUGGAAUACCCCAAUGAUCUUUGACCUCAAGGAAGGCACAGUGACUCUAAUUGUGCAGGCAGAAAAGCAUUUUGCAAUAGUGGACAGUGCUGGAAUUCAUCUGUACACAUAUGAGGGUCGCCUUCUCUCAUCGCCCAAGUUCCCUGGGAUGCAUUCUGAGACACUGAGCGCCCAGUCCCUGUGUGUCAGCAAUGACACCGUGGCAGUCCGGGAUAAGUCAGACGAGAAGCUGGUUCAUCUCUUUGACUCUGCCACCAGCCGGCAAGUUGACAAUAAGCCGCUCGCUCACAAGCUUGAGAUCGUUGAGAUAGCCAUGGACCAGUGUGGGCCAGCCAGUGACAGACAUCUCGCCAUUGUAGACAAGAAUCGUGAUUUGUAUCUCAGCACGGUGCGCAACGUGGGCAAACCACCCAAGAUUGUCAAACUUGGUAAUAUGAUCUCCAGCCUUGCCGUUAACGACGGCACCAACAUGCUGGCAGCCCUGCAGGAUAGCAAGUUGACAGUCUGGUUCUAUCCCAGCGUAGCCUACGUAGACCGGGAACUCCUGCCGCUCACUAUCAUGGUCAAAGAUGCAAGUGAGUUUGGCAAGAAUCCACAGAUUGUUGAUUUCCUGGGCAAUCACCUGACCAUCCGGCGAGCUGAUGGAGCCCUGGUCAGUACAGGCAUCUCCCCCUAUCCAGCCAUGCUCCAUGACCUGGUCAACAGCAGUCGAUGGGAGGAUGCAGUCAGACUCUGUAGAUUUGUCAAGGACCAAGCUCUGUGGGCGUGUCUCGCUGCCAUGGCCUCCUAUGCCAAGGAACUCAACACAGCCGAGGUGGCUUAUGCGGCCAUAGAUGCUGCUGACAAGGUCCAGUACAUUCUAUACAUCAAGGAGCUGCCCCUGAAGGACGUACGUAAUGCAGAGAUGGCGCUAUUCUGUGGCAACUCCCAGGAUGCGGAGGGCAUCCUGCUGCAAGCGGGACUUGUCUUCAGGGCUAUCAUGAUGAACAUCAGUCUGUACAACUGGGAUAGAGCCCUCGAGCUAGCUGUGAAGCAUAAGACUCACGUGGACACCGUCUUGGCCCAUCGGCAACAGUUCCUGGACAGCUUUGAGAAGAAGGAGACCAACAAACGCUUCUUGCAGUAUGCCAGUGGGGUUGAGGUAGACUGGGACAAGAUUCAAACCAAGAUGGAGACGGAAUACCAGAAGGAGAGAGAGAAUCCUAACGCUAAGCCAUACAGCAAGUAGACCCUCCGCACCCUAACCACAUUCCACCAUUAUUACCACUUACCCUGAAAGGCAUAUAGGAUCAUUUGCGUUAAAUACAUUUUGUUCAUUUCCAUACACCACUCAAAAUCCAAAGGAGAAUGUCCAAAACCCAAAUCGUUCAAGUCUCAGCUCGGUGAAUAUUACACAUUUUGAGAAGAAUAGUGAAAAAUCAUGCACAACCAUCUUUUGAUAACGAUACACAAUUUCAUCAGUUGCACUUUUUAUUCCAAAAAUCAGUCAUCUGACUGAUCCUAAGAAACCACCUUCAUUUUGUGAUAUCUUCUAAAUGACAGCAUGCCAGACGGAAUCAUUUCACGGGUGUUUUGUGCUAGUUUGAUCUUUAAUCCAAGUAAGCUUUUUGAUAAUAAUUUAGUAGGUUACAUUUGGAAGAAAUGCAACUGAUCCUAUUUAUGCCUUGAGAGCAUGUGUUCUUUGUGCCAUAUGCAGGUGUACACAUGCAACCAUGCACAAAUUUUUCUUUUUCAGUAGCAGGUGAAUUCAUUUUUAUGACUAUUUUAGUGGUUUCGAUGGAAUCAUUGCAAAACACAGGUUCUCAGAGUCUUUCCCUUAAAUUAAAAUCAUCCAAAUUAUACAUUUGAAGAAGAAAAAUGGUUGGGGGGAAAAGGGUAUGAAUGGAUUUAACCAGUGAUCUUUUGAUCCAUAGUGAACGUCACUAUUAACUACUGUUGUAGCUUGAUGACGUCCCUUCAAUUCUCCAGAAAUUGUGUAAGCAUCAUUCUUGUUCAUGAGUAAACAUCAAAAGUACCGAAUUAUACAUGAAAAUGGAUUCAACCGCCUGCGCCAGAAUGGCGGCAUCAAGCUGUAUACUCCCCAGGGAGCUGAGAUGGUAUUUGGAAUGUUUCAUGGGCCCAAUGAGCAGGGUUAAUGAUGCUGUAGCAACUUGAACACCUGUCCAUUAUAAAUACCAACUAUUAUUAUUAUAGCACAUGGUGUGCUCUUUGAAGGGUGCCAUCUUUUGUUCAUACAGAGAGAAUAUAUUGUCAUUCCGUAAAAAUAGUAAAUGUAUAUUACCUGGGCAAGAGGUUCCUUUGGCCAAAAUCUGGUUUUUCAUUUGCGCUUAAACCAGUUGAUACUAAGCAACAAUUUUUGCUGCUACUUCAAAGAAAUGAUUGUGUUAUUACAAUUUGGAACCCUUUUUUUUUUGAUACUGUAAAAUGUAUUUUUAAUUUGUUUUUGUUUGUGUGAAAGUUUUAGACGGAUCACUAGUUUGUAAAAUUCAAAGUUAUUAAAUUUGUAAAUAGUGUAAGACUG